AUGAUGAUCCUAGAUAGCGUUUCGGAGAAGUUGCGCUCGAAGCAUGUGCGCACACUAGAGCUGCUGCAAAAGACACUCGAUGAGAACGUCGAGUUACGGGAACGCGUGGCAAAACUUCAUAAGGGCACACUCCAUCUCGGCCAGGGGUUACCACGCUCGAAUUUGUCAUCCGAGUUGGAGGACGAAAUCGAGCGACUCAAAGAUGAGCACACGCGCAAGUUACAGGAGGUCGAGGAAGCUGCGAGUGCAAAACUGGCCGAGCAGGUUCAAGCCGCGGAGUCACUCGUGGCUGCCAACAACAAGCUGAAGAAUGAUAUGAUCACGAUGGAUGUUGCGUUACGCGACGCGCGUGACCGACUCAAAUACGAGCGGCAAACCUGGAACGGAGAGCGAGCACAGCUAGAAGCGACCAUAAGGGAGGCGACCAAGACCCAGCCUCCUGCCAGCCCCACUCGAGUUAAGCGAAAUCAACCGCAAACCGAAGCUUUGAUCGAGGAGGAGAAAUCCAACCAGCGACUGGAAGCGGAGCUUGAAUUGAGCCGCCAGGCUUGUUCUAACGCAGAUGCUGCGCGUCGAUCAGCCGAAGCGCGCCUUGUUGAAGUGAAGAAUGACUUCGAGCGCGUAUCCAAUGAGGCCACAGCUCAACGAGAGCAAAUAGUCGCUUUGCAGAGUCAACUUGCAAUUGCUCAAGCACAGCAAAAGUCGACGUUUGAUGAGCUCAAAGCCGUACGAGAGCGCAAUAGAACUCUGGAAGCCAAAUCACCAAAAGAGCGUCCAUCGUCAUCCACGGCAUCAGCAAAGCUCCAACUCCAACAAAUGACGCUGCUGGCAAAAUUGCAGGACACGGAGGAACGCUAUGCCAAGCUCGAAGCGGAGCAUCGAACGCUUCAGUCCCAGACUGCGAGGCUGCAACAACAACUUGCCAACGAGGUCGCGCAGCGCAGGGCAGAUGCCGCCGAGUCUGGGAUCUUUGCGAUCCACGUCGAGCUCAAACGCGAGAAUUUCCAGCUACGAGCGCAGGUUGAAGAGCUCAAGGCACUGCAAAAACGCUUCUUGACUUCUGCAAAGAAGAAAACCAUGAGCUUCCCCUCCCUCUGA